UGACGGGCCCUGCUCCUCAGUAGCUAUGACUUUACGGCUGGUGGUGCUGGGAGCUUUGCUCUGCUCCUGGACGGUUUCUUCUGAAGUCGUACCACAGGCAGACUUUAAUUUACAAGGGAUGGCAGGGAAGUGGUACCUGAUUGGAUUUGCCUCUAACGCAGAGUGGUUUGUCAACCACAAAGCCACCAUGAAGAUGGGCACGGCCAUGAUGACCCCAACUGCUGAUGGGGACCUGGACAUUUCCUACGCCAGUCGCAAGUCUGAUGACACUUGUUGGAGACUAAACAACCUGGCCAAGAAGACUGAAACACCGGGAAGGUUCACAUACACAAGUGAGCGCUGGGGUCAGGAGUUUGACAUGAGAAUGGUGGAUGUGAAGUAUGACGAGUACGCGCUCACUCACACCGUUAAGACCAAGGGGACUGAUCCCACCAUAAUCACCAAACUAUAUGGCCGUGGAGUGACUCUCAGCCCUGAAGUGCUGGAGAAUUUCAGGCAGUUCUCCUUGGGGACUGGCAUCCUGCCUGAAAAUAUUUCUUUCCUUCCCCACAUUGCGGAGUGUCCAGCUGAGUAGUUUUCUGCCCGGGUCAUUGCAUGUCAACAAAGCUGUCUGAAGACUAAUUGAAUAUUCCACAUCUAUCGAGGUCACUACCAUCAACUCAGUUCAGUUCACCUAAUCUGCUCUUUCAAAUGUUGUUUUAAGAGCCUCAUGCCACUUGACUUGAUAUGAAACCUGGUUUCAAUACACAAUGCUUUGCUUUUAUCUGCCCUCAGCAGUAACGGUCCUUGAAGAUCCCCUUCAGACAUGUUUUGAGACAUAAAAUGCUCUGCUUUAAAUA